AUGACGGUCGGAAUUUUCGAAGUAAAUCCUCAACGUUUCAUUUGUGGUGGAACUAUUAUUAAUAAAGUCUCCAUUGUCACUGCCGCCCAUUGUCUUGUGACACAGUUUGGAAACAGACAGAAUUCUUCCAUUUUCGUUAGAGUUGGAGCUCAUGACAUAGACAAUUCGGGUACCGACUAUCAAGUAAAUAAGGUUAUUGUUCACAAGGACUAUAAUUACCCUUCACACUAUUACGAUAUUGGUUUGAUUUUACUCUCGAAACCAGUCGAAUACAACGACGAAGUACAGCCUCUCUGUAUUCCUGAGUUGAACAAGUUGAACGUGAACUUAAACAAUAAGGAGGUCGUUGUUAUUGGUUGGGGUGUUACUGAAAGAGGUAAGUGCCAGUGUUAUAAUGUUGAU